ACAGUAAACAAGUUCAACUGCUGUGGAUUUCUCCAGCGUUAGCAAUGGGAACUCAGGUGUGCCUGUGUCAGAAGCUCUUGGGGCUGCUGCUCCUGCUGUGUGUCCUGCCCUGGGCUGAAGGUGCGAAGGUGUUGGUGUUCCCCUUAGAGGGCAGCCACUGGCUGAGCAUGAGGGAUGUUGUGAGGGAGCUCCAUGCCCGAGGCCACCAGACUGUGGUCCUGGCUCCAGAAGUGUCUGCGCACAUCAAAGGAGAGGACUUCUUCACCCUCAAAACCUAUGCCAUUCUGUACACGGACGAAGAAUACAAGUACCGCCUGCUGGGCCACCUUCAAAAUUUUUUUGAACGUGAAUUUUCUCUGACGUUGCUUUUAAUGGAUACGGUGGGUGUAAAAUAUGUCAACAUUCUUUGUAAAGUCUUGCAUGACAGUGCUCUGAUUCAGCAUCUGCACCCCAGUUCCUUCGACGUGAUUUUAACAGAUCCCUUUUACCCCUGUGGGGCAGUGCUGGCGAUGCACCUGAAAGUUCCUGCUGUGUUUUUCCUGCAAUCCGUUCUCUGUGAACUAGAUAUUGAGGCAAGAAAAUGUCCAAGCCCUUCUUCUUAUGUUCCCAGGAUACUCACAAUGAAUUCUGACCACAUGAGCUUUCUAGAAAGAGUGAAGAACAUGCUGCACCCUUUGCUAUUUAAGAGUUUCUGCCGUCUUUAUCUUGGUCCUUUGGAAAGACUUGCAUCUGAGCUUUUGCAGAGAGAGCUUUCUGUGGUGGAUAUCCUCAGCUAUGCAUCCGUGUGGCUAUUGAGAAAGGACUUUGUGUUCGACUACCCCAGGCCCAUCAUGCCCAACAUGGUCUUCAUUGGGGGCAUAAACUGUGCCAACAGGAAGCCACUCUCUCAGGUCUGUAUUCAGCCUUUAUUCAAAUGAGUUUCCAGCAAGAUUGUGUUAAAAACA